CCCCACAGCACCUCUCAUGUCAAUCAUCAGUCUUUCCCACCGUCGGAUCCGUCCGCCCGUACCAUUCACUCUACGCAGUAUUGUCGAGUCUACAGAGUACAGAGUCGAGUACUUUGGUCACAUUUCCUUUGGUCAACCACCCCGUGCUCGUAUGACGAGCCCGUCCAUCGCCAGUUUUGCUCGCCGUUCCAACCCGCGCCCGCCUUACCAUCACGCCCCCCAAUGAUCCAUCCCUCCAGGUCCACCCUACCCGCAUCCCAGCAUUCGGACCUCAACCCUGGCUCAUGGCCGAUUUUCUUGGCCAUUGACUCUCUUUACGCCUACGCAGCACCCAUGCUUCACCACGUCUUUUUUUUCAAUCGCCUUCUAGUAUAUAGCUUUGCCGUCCGUCUUGUUGUCUCCCCACCUGUCCACUCUCGAACCAUCAGCCUCAUCUAAAGUAACAUCAUACCUUACUUCGUAUCGUACCUUACCAAUAUCGUCUUCUCUCGCCAUCGGCAUCUCGACACACCUGCACUCACACACACACAUAUCUGAACACCGGCCCCUCGUCAACUCACUUCCCGAGUAACGCCACCAACACCUCGCAUCUUCAAUCAACGACAAUUCCUCCAGACCGGUCCAUCGUCAGAUCCAAACCCCUCACCUCCCACACCCCAGUCAACCUACCCCUCCAUGAAUCGCACCAUGGCCCAACAACAGACCUUUGACUAUUAUCAAGUACCUCCGAUGCCUCAAUCAAUGAGCCCCCCGGAGCUCUCCCCGCUCUCCUUCUACGACACCCAAGCCGACUUCAGCGCAGACUCGGCCCCGUCCCGCGGCUCCCCCGUCUCCCCCGUCUUCCCGACCUCCUCCUUCCAGCUCCCCACCGGCGGCGACUGGCCCGCCUACUUUGAGAAGCCCGCCCUCUCCCCGGACCUCGACGUCUUUUACGGCGAAUCCUUUGGCAGCCCAAUGUCCUUCCUCUCCCCCCAGAACCUCACCCUCAGCCCCAGCGCCAACCCGUCCGACCUCAUGUCCGACGCCGUCGCUUUCGGCCGCGAGGGCAUCAACGACACCCAGCCCCUCUUCCAGUCCCUCGACGCGCCCGCCCGCCCGCAGCCUCAACCUCAACCUCAAUCUCAAACCCAGCAGCCCGCAAAGUCGCCCCGUCUCGCCCGCACGACAUCCGCACCCUCCUCCCGCCCUCAACAACAACAGCCGCAACGCCAACAGCAACAGCAACAACCACAAACACAACAGCGAACCUCCCCGCGCACCAACGACCUCAAGCGCAAAUCCUCCGCCUCCUCCGCCUCCUCCCGCUCCGCCUCCCCCGAACCCCCCGCCCGCCGCACAAAACACUCCGGAGAACCCUCCAAGAACCCGCACAACAUGAUUGAAAAGCGCUACCGCGUCAACAUCAACGAGAAAAUCAUCGCCCUCCGCGACGCCGUCCCCUCGCUGCGCUGCGUCGUCCAGCACACCGAGAACCCGCACGCCGCCGCCGCCGCAGAGAGCGACGAGCCGAUCGACGUCGUCGAGGAACUGGGCGGGUUGAUGCCCGCGCGCAAGCUGAACAAGGCGACGAUCCUGAGCAAGGCGACCGAGUACAUUGCGCACCUGGAGAAGAAGAACUCGCAGCUGUGGAAGGAGAAUGAGGCGUUGGAGAAGAGGCUUGCGGAGGCGCAGCAGUGGCAGCGGGCGCAGGCCGAGGGACCUUUUUGGUCUUGAUGGUUGUGUCUUUUCCUUGCGCACAUUAUCGAACACGAAAAGCAAAGAAAGGGAUGGAGUGCAUCAUAGAAGGGUGUUUACAAAAACCGACCAUUGGGUAGAUGGAAAGAAGGGGGGAAAAGGCGCGAGGUUUUCCAGCAGUUGACAACUGUUUUGACGACUUUGAGGUGAAGAUUUUACAAGGGCGUUCUUUUACGGUACUUGGCGGGGAAACUCGUUGGGAAGAAAGGGGAAGAAACUCGAUUGUUUUUGAAAUGUAUACCACGGGGAUGAUUCCAUCAUCAAAGAAGGCAAGGCGUUUUACGGGUUGUUUGGAUAGGGACGUUUGAAGAGGGUAUUCAGGGGACGAGCCAAAGGGGACUAUUAUCUUGUAGGAAGAUACAGAGGUAUCGUCUAGGAAAGGUGACCUUGUGUUUACCGAAACUCUCCGCUUUCUUGCUUCGCAUGAAAGAUGCGAAUAAUGAAGAGAUAUUUUGAACUAUAAUACAUGCUCUGGGUG